AUGCCUUUGUUUGAUGAUGAAAAUAAACCCUGGAAACAGUCGGAAGUUGAUAAACUGAUCAAAGCUGUUGGAGUAUUUGGAGAAGAUUGGAGGUUUAUCUCUGAAACUACUUUUUCAAAUUUAAGAUCUGGACUGACCAUAGCGGAAAAAUGGACGCGUAUCAGGUCAAAGCUAGGUGUCAUAGAACCGCGAGAGGUCAUCACAAAAGAGAGCAGUAAUAGAGAUAAUUAUUUCUCCGAGACGAAGAAAAUUCGAAUCAAAAUGUCUUCGAUUACAUCACCGAAUAUUCCAGAAAAGGCAGACACGUAUUCUUCAACCACCUCAACGCCUGAUUUCUCAACGUCAAGUGUCUCCACACCAAGUGAUUGUGAAAUUGAUUAUCAAAAUCAUAGGACGUUGGCCUAUGAAAAUAAGUCUGUAUCACGAAAUAAAAUGCUUUGGACCGUUAAGGAAGAAGAUCUACUCAUUAAUUCUGUCAGAGUGUAUGGUACACAAUGGGAGUCCAUCUCAAAAAGAAUCUUUAGAUCCAGGAGGAAUCCUAAUGCUUUGGCUCUUAGAUACCGACAGCUUCAGAAGAGAAAAAGGUGUCCACCAAUUUCGACUUAUGAAAGCUCGAGGAAUGCAAAUGUUAUAAAUAGAAUUCUUUGUACAACAGGAAGCACGACAGAAACAAACAGACCUUGUGGAUUAUCAGCUGAAAAGGAAUUUUUACCAGUUAUAUCCAAGACCAACUCGUGGACUGAAUCGGAAAACGAGGUUAUUAAGGUGGCGGUAGUUUUACAUGGAGACAGGGAAUGGGAGAAAAUAGCACGCCUUUUACCACAUAGAAGUCAGAUGGAGUUGGCAUUACAUUGGUGCAAAAUUAGGUGUAAACGUUUAACUCUACAAGUAAAACCCACGAAUGCUCCAUGGACUGAAGAUGAUGAACGUAUUUUGACAUUUGGAGUUGCUUUUGAAGGCUUCAUAAAUUGGAAUAAAAUCGCUAUUGAACUACCUGAUCAUAAUCUUGCCGACAUGAUUCUUCGGUGGGACGU